AUACCAGCUGCACGCAAACCAAUGAGAAUGCACGAGCUUUCUGUUUUCCCACCAAAGUGUGUGGCAUCUUUCCGCUCCGUGCAUGCAUCUCCUUCCCCGAGCCACCGAUCGUGGGGUGCAUGCAUUUAUUUAAGGCUGCACACAUGCGUGGCCGACAUCCGGGUCGCAUUCGUGCAGCAGACGGGCGAGAGAGCCGCUCACAUCACGGUAACGUUAAAUCAAAGGUGAACGGGGCGGAGUAGAGGAAAGCCGAGCAUGGCGUCCGCGUACGGCUCCAGGACUCUGAGUAAAGAUGAUGUGAACUACAGGAUGCAUUUCCGCAUGAUCAACGAGCAGCAGGUGGAGGACAUCACCAUCGACUUCUUCUACAAGCCGCACACCAUCACCCUGCUCACGUGCACAGUGCUCAGCCUCAUGUACUUCGCCUUCGCGCGAGAUGAUGGAAACCCUGACAAUAACCUGUGGGUGGGUCUCAUCCUGGUCAUCUCGUUCUUCCUGGUCAUCAGCGUUCUCGCCUUCCCCAACGGUCCGUUCACAAGACCCCAUCCAGCGAUAUGGCGGAUAGUGUUCGGAUUGAGCGUGCUGUACUUCCUCUUCCUGGUUUUCAUCAUCUUCCUGAACUGGGAGCAGGUCAAGUCUCUCAUGUUCUGGCUGGAUCCCAAUCUGCGCUACGCCAAACGGGAAGCCGACAUCAUGGAGUAUGCUGUGAACUGUCAUGUGAUCACCUGGGAGCGAAUCCUCAGCCACUUCGACAUCUUCGCCUUCAGUCACUUCUGGGGCUGGGGCAUGAAGGCUCUGCUGAUCCGCAGCUAUGGCCUGUGCUGGACCAUCAGCAUCACCUGGGAGCUGACCGAGCUGUUCUUCAUGCAUCUUCUUCCGAACUUCGCCGAGUGCUGGUGGGAUCAGGUCAUCCUGGAUAUCCUGCUGUGUAACGGAGGCGGGAUCUGGCUGGGAAUGACCGUCUGCCGCUUCCUGGAGAUGCGCACGUAUCACUGGGCGAGCAUCAAAGACAUCCACAGCACCACGGGGAAGAUCAAGCGCGCCGCUCUACAGUUCACACCGGCCAGCUGGACAUACGUGCGCUGGCUCGACCCCAAAUCCUCCUUACAGAGAGUGAUGGGAGUCUAUCUGUUCAUGAUCAUCUGGCAGCUGACGGAGCUGAACACCUUCUUCCUGAAGCACAUCUUCGUGUUCCCAGCAUGCCACGCUCUCAGCUGGUGCCGGAUUCUGUUCAUCGGGAUCAUCACGGCUCCUACUGUACGGCAGUAUUACGCCUAUCUGACGGACACACAGUGCAAACGGGUCGGGACUCAGUGCUGGGUGUUCGGGGCGAUCGCUUUCUGGAGGCACUGGCCUGCGUUAAAUUUGGACAGGACUUGUUUUUCUAAGCGCAGGUUCUCUAUGUGA